GCCUGGCUCCGGCUCUGGCACCGGCUCCGGCACCGGCACCGGCUCCGGCUCCGGUUCCGGCUCCGCUCGCUCCCCGCGCCGGGGCCCUCCGCGCCCCCCCGGCCGCCCCCCCGGCCUCCCCGGGAUGAAGGUGCUCCGGCACAAGAUAGAGCUGCUGACAGGGCUGCUGCUGCAGGAGAUGACCAUGGCGGGGCUGCACGAGCUGCGCUUCACCGAGGAGAAGCCGCUGUUGCGAGGCCAGGAUGCUGAGCUGGAGAACUCGGACGUGUUCCUGUCCACCGUGGACACGGACUGGAAGGAACAUGACAUCGAGACGCCCUACGGGCUGCUGCACGUGGUCAUCCGGGGCUCCCCCAAGGGCAACCGCCCGGCCAUCCUGACCUACCACGACGUCGGCCUCAACCACAAGCUCUGCUUCAACACUUUCUUCAACUACGAGGACAUGCAGGAGAUCACGAAGCACUUUGUGGUGUGCCACGUGGACGCGCCGGGCCAGCAGGCAGGAGCCUCGCAGUUCCCCCAGGGGUACCAGUACCCGUCCAUGGAGCAGCUGGCUGCCAUGCUGCCCAGCGUGGUGCAGCAUUUCGGGUUCAAGUAUGUGAUCGGCAUCGGCGUUGGGGCAGGAGCCUACGUGCUGGCCAAGUUUGCGCUCAUCUUCCCCGACCUGGUGGAAGGGCUGGUCCUCAUGAACAUCGACCCCAACGGCAAAGGCUGGAUCGACUGGGCGGCUUCCAAGCUCUCGGGCCUCACCAGCACGCUGCCGGACACGGUCCUGUCCCACCUCUUCAGCCAGGAGGAGCUGGUGAACAACACGGAGCUGGUGCAGAGCUACCGGCAGCAGAUCAGCAGCGUGGUGAACCAAUUCAACCUCCAGCUCUUCCUCAACAUGUACAACAGCCGCAGGGACCUGGACAUCAACCGGCCCGGGACUGUGCCCAAUGCCAAGACGCUGCGCUGCCCCGUGAUGCUGGUGGUGGGAGACAACGCGCCCGCCGAAGAGGGGGUGGUGGAGUGCAACUCCAAGCUGGAUCCCACCAACACCACCUUCCUGAAGAUGGCUGACUCCGGUGGGCUGCCCCAGGUCACCCAGCCCGGCAAGCUGACCGAAGCCUUCAAGUACUUCCUGCAGGGCAUGGGCUACAUCGCCCACCUGAAGGAUCGGAGGCUGAGUGGAGGCUCAGUGCCCUCGGCCAGCAUGACCCGCCUGGCGCGCUCCCGCACGGCCUCCCUCACCAGCGCCAGCUCCGUGGACGGCGCCCGCCCGCGUGCCUGCACCCACUCGGAGAGCACUGAGGCCAUGGGGCAGAUCAACCACACCAUGGAGGUGUCGUGCUGAGGCCCGUGCCCGCCGCCCACGUCUCCUCCGGAGCCAUCUCCCGUCCGUCAGCAUCCCGCCAGCCCCCGCCUGCCCCGGCUCGGCCGCCCUCCGCCCGGGCCCGUCGUGCCCUCGGGGCGGAUUCGUCGUCUCGGCCACCCUCGGCCUUUUCCCCCUCCUCGCCGGCACCGGAGGCCUCCCACGGGUGUUCUGCGGGCGUGGGGACCCCACAGUGCCUGGCUUUGCCCGCAGGUGGCCAUGGCAUGGGCCAGCUCCCCGCCGUGUCCCCCAGCUCCCCCCUGCCCCCAGCAUCUCGCCCACGCACCGAGCGGGGCAUCUCUCAAGGGCUCAGCUCCCCCGAGCCCCAGGCCCCGCAGCCAGCCACCGGCUCCGGAUGCCUCCCGCUCGGCACGGAGAGCCGUGUCAUCCCAUAAUGCCUCCACGGGCCGCCUGGCCUUUGCCACCGGCCCCAGCCCGCCCCGCGGGCCACCGAGCGCAGCUCCUCCCACGCCUGCCGCCAAGGAGCCCCCCGCUCGGGGUGCGCGGGGGGGAGCCACGUCCUUGCGGGUGCUGCCACGGGGGUCGAGCAGAACCGGCCCAAAACCCAAGCAGCUGCAAAGCAUCUGGCCGCAGGGACAGCAGGUGUCACCUGCUGUACACACACACAGGACACACACAUGUACACCCACACACACUCGCACCCCGCCAUCGACUGGCCACCCCAAAAGGCCACUGUCCCCAUUUGCCCCCUUCUUCGUUCUGCCGUGUGCUUCCUUCUCGGUGUGACUCUGAAAGCUAAGUAGCUCCUUUUUACUGUAGAAAGCCGCUGCGAUCUCUUGUUUUCUCGGCGUGUCCUUCCAGAUUAUAUAUAUAAAUACCUAUACAUAAUAUACAUAUAUAUAUAUAUAUAUGGUUUUCCAGUCCCUGCCCUUUUGAGUUCGUUCUCCCUUGCGCUCUUGUACAAGCGGUAACGUGUGGUUUCCCCUCGGAGGUGCUCUGGCCGUGCUUGCCUUUAGUUCUCUCCCAGGUUUUGUUGGGUCAGUUUGGUUUUCCUUGGUGAUUAAUUUUUUUUUUUUUUUGAAGGUUGUUUUUGUUUUUUUUAUUUCCUGGUCGUGGUGGAAUUUAAUGUUUUUCUUUCCCCCCGUCCUCUUCCUCCAGUCUGAGCACACCGUGGUUUUCUCACGGCGGCAUUGAGGCCGUGGUACUCGCACGAGACGGCAAAUUGUAAACCGGAUUUACCUAACUCGUUGCUGUAGAGAGGAUUUACUGUGUUGGAAAAGAAAAAAUACCAAGAAAAAAAAACAAAGCAAAAGCUAAUAAAGCCAGUAAGAACGUG